GACAAAGGUCACUGGUGGCAAUACAAAUUUCAAAGAUAUCGUGAUGUUCGAGGCUCGGCUUACGCAGGCUGAUGUAUGGAAGAAGGUCAUUGAUGCAAUAAAAGACCUCGUACAAGAAGCAACUCUUGAUUGUACAGAAAAUGGUAUCAGUUUACAAGCUAUGGAUAAUGCUCAUGUGAGCUUGGUGUCUUUGCUUCUGCGGAGUGAUGGCUUUGAGACAUACAGAUGUGAUAGGAAUCUUUCAUUAGGCCUGAACAUCACAAGUGCGUCUAAAAUUCUACGAUGUGCCAGUGGGAACGAUGCAAUUACUCUUAAGGCUGGAGAUAAAGCGGAUACACUGACAUUUGUUUUUGAGUCGAAAUCCCAAGAUCGGUCAUCGGAAUUUGAGAUCAAAUUAAUGGAUUUAGAUGUUGACCACCUGGGUAUUCCCGAUACUGAUUAUAAGUGCAUCAUACGAAUGCCUUCUGCACAGUUACAAAGGAUAUGUCGAGACCUAAGCCAAAUAGGAGAUUCCGUCGUAAUAUCGGUUGCUAAAGAUGGUGUUUCGUUCAGCUCAAACGGUGAUUUAGGUACUGGAAAUGUCAAGCUUUGUCAGUCCGCUAACGCUGACAAGCCGGAGGAGUCUGUUUCAAUAGAAAUGCACGAGCCUGUUUGCAUGACUUAUUCCUUGCACUAUUUCAACAUAUUCACUAAAGCCGCUCCACUCUCUAGCCAAGUUGUAUUAUCUCUGACUGAGAACGUCCCUGCAGUUGUGGAGUUUGAAAUUGAAGACCUAGGUUAUAUCCGGUAUUAUUUAGCACCGAAAAUUGAAGAUGAUGCCGAUUAGGAUAACUAAAGAAAACUCAACAGACUAUUUUUCUACUUACUGUGCAUCACAAUAAAUGUAAGAUUUCUUAAACAUGAUCCCGUGUAUUUUGAAUUUGUUCCAUGCCAUCUCAAGAAGUAGUAUUCAGCACCCGUACUUUGUAUUGUAGCUCUCACUGUUUUGUAAAUCUCGCUUGACAUUUUCACCAAUGUAUAUUACUUCAAACAUUGUAUUCUGUGUCGAAUCUUUGCUAAUACCAUUAAUGUUACUACCUUUACUACUCUAGGAUUUGAUUUAACGAUUUCGUUUCACUGUGCCAAUGGGGCAUGACAAUUUGAACGUAAAUAAACACGUUCCAGG